ACAUAUUAAGAAUAAAAAAAGUGAUCUAUAGAAGCGAAACAUUUUUCAAUGUCUAGAUCUACUAGGAGAGGAGUUUAGGACAAACAGAAAGGCAGUCUUUGCAAAGAUUCCUUAGUUUUAUGAUACUACUGCUUGAAUUUUAUUUAACUACUUGAAGCUGCUUUUCACUAUUGAAACCGACUCUAAACAGAAACAGAAUGUGGCUUUGUCGGCAGAUUGCUGUAUAGUCAGCAAAACCCACUUUCUGUGCUUUCUUUGUGGGAGAAAGCUGUCCAUUUUUUUUCUUUUGGGACGCAAUCCUUUCUGUAACAAAUAAAAGCAAAAACUUUUGUUUUUGAGUGUUUGGUGGAAGGGAAAUGUUGUGAAGCUGACCUGGGUUGGGGUGGGUUCUUUCUCAUAAUAAUCAAUUCUCAAGUAUUAUUAUUUUUUCCUAACUUUAAAAAAAUACAAGUUGCCUUUCUCUGUUCUGUAACUAAAAACUCUUUUUAGUGAGGGUUUGGUUUUUAGAUUAAUUGGAUAUACGACAGUUCAUUGCCUUGUCACCAAAAACGCGUAGAGUUCCCCAGCUAGAUUUAUUUCCUCUUCAUUGUUUAUGGUUUGCUUAGUGUAGCAACCAGAUCUGGCAUUUGGUUUUGUACGAAACGCUAAACCAAACAUUCUUUGCUGGUGAAUUUCAUAUUGGGUUUUGAUUUGAUAAUUAAGUGAAUUGGAAGAAGGUGCUUGUAGUUUUGAGAUCUGUAGGGGGGGGAUCUUGUUCUUUGUGAUUGAGUGGGCAACAAUGGUUUGUUGAGUUUGGGGGGCCAUUUAUUAACCUUGUGGGGUGGUAGGAUAUGGCAUCUGGAGCAGGCCGGCGUCGUGGUCAUGAACUGGUGCCUCUGGCAGCAUUAAUAAGCAGAGAGAUGAAGAAUGAGAAGAUGGAGAAGCCAAGUGUGAGAUGCGGUCAUGCCGCUCAAUCUAGGAAAGGAGAAGAUUAUUUCUUGGUUAAAACGGAUUGUCAACGAGUGCCUGGCAAUCCUUCAUCUACCUUCUCUGUUUUUGCGAUCUUUGAUGGGCACAACGGUAAUGCUGCAGCAAUCUUUACGAGGGAGCACCUUUUGAGUCAUAUAUUGAGUGCUGUUCCUCGUGGCCUUGGGCGGGAGGAGUGGUUUCAAGCUUUACCCCGAGCAUUAGUUGCCGGAUUUGUGAAGACCGACAAGGAAUUUCAGAGUAGAGGUGAAACAUCGGGUACUACUGCUACAUUUGUAAUAGUUGAUGCAUGGACAGUGACUGUUGCUUCUGUUGGGGAUUCUCGUUGCAUUUUAGAUACUCAGGGUGGUGGAAUCUCUACCUUAACCGUUGAUCACAGACUUGAAGAGAAUGUGGAAGAGAGGGAACGCGUCACUGCUAGUGGGGGUGAGGUUGGGAGGCUUAGCAUUGCUGGUGGUGCCGAGAUUGGUCCUCUCCGAUGUUGGCCGGGAGGUUUAUGUCUGUCUAGGUCAAUAGGAGAUAUGGAUGUUGGAGAGUUUAUAGUUCCCAUACCUUAUGUAAAGCAAGUAAAGCUGUCAAACGCUGGUGGGAGGCUUAUAAUUGCUUCAGAUGGUAUUUGGGAUGCCCUAUCAUCGGAAAUGGCUGCAAAAUCUUGCCGUGGAUUACCAGCUGAACUUGCUGCUAGACAAGUUGUUAAGGAAGCGUUAAGGACACGAGGGUUAAAGGAUGACACGACCUGCAUUGUUGUCGACAUAAUUCCUCCUGAGAGUUCACCACCGCCUUCUCCUCUUCCCAAAAAGCCAAACAAACUGAGAUCUUUCUUAUUCAGGAAGAGCUCUCGUGAUUCUGCCAAUAAACUAUCAAAGAAGCUUUCAGCUGUGGGUAUAGUUGAAGAGCUGUUUGAAGAAGGCUCAGCAAUGCUUGCUGAAAGACUAGGAAUUGAUGAGGGUGCAGGGCAAACAACAUCUGGGCUAUUCACAUGUGGUGUAUGCCAAGUCGACCUUGCACCAAGUGAAGGCAUCUCAGUUCAUGCAGGUUCCAUAUUCUCGACCAGCUCAAAGCCCUGGCAAGGGCCCUUCCUUUGUGCUGCUUGCCGUAAUAAAAAGGAUGCCAUGGAAGGAAAACGUCCCAGUGGAGUAAAAGUGGCUUAGCUUUUUCUAUUAUUAUAAUAUAUAUUUGCCAAUUCUUUGAUAGCAAUCCUUGUUUUUUUACUAGGUUAGGCAAUUGUUUUAGUCCUAUAUUAUGUGCAAAUGUAUAUGUAUUCCCACUCAAUAAUAUAUAUAAUAAUAAUAAUAAAAGCAUGGAUGCAAAAAUUCUUUGUUGAAA